AUGAACCACUACACUGAAGGUCUCAUGGACCGCCCCGACUUUCCAAAGGACAAGGUGAUUGUCAACAUGCCCAACGUCGAAAUGUACGAGCUCAAGGGCAAGGACUACCAUCGCUUUGACGUCGUUCUCUGCAAGACGCGCGACGGCUACGAGCGUCUCUCGCGCUGGUACGAGGACAACGGGAACCCGCGCAACACAACGCUGCUCUACGUACAGCACACGUCGUCGGACCCGUCGACGGUCGCCAUUACGCAUGCGAUGGCGCACCCAGAGAGCCCGCCGAUCAAGCCCAAGGAUUUUGAGAAUCUUACAUUCUUCCAUGCCAACGGCCACAGCUGGUUCAAGAGCACACGCGCAGUGCUCGAGUGCUGGCAGAAGCGACCGGACUUGCCGCUCAUCCACGUCUACUCGAUGAAUAGCGGUACGCUACGCGACUUCAACGAGCUCUUUUUGCCUCUCGGUGCGCCGUCCAAUCUCCAGUUUCACUACGGCGAAGAGGUUGACGUUGCCCAGUUUGGCCGCCACCUUCUGGAAGCCAGUGCGAUCUUGUGUCCAAGCAAAAUGGAAGGCUUUGGCCACUACAUCAACCAAGCAAGAGCGUCCGGCGCGCUCGUUUUGGCGACCAACGGACCGCCCAUGAACGAAUUCAUCGACGAUAGGGCUGGUGUGCUCAUUGACGCUACCCGCAAGGACCCUAGCCCGAAUCAAAUUUUGAGCGUCUAUGGCGGCAUGGAGUGGGGCGUCACGUCGAAAGCUAUUUGUGAUGCCGUCGAUAGCGUCUUGGUUCCCCGGCGCCUGUACCUCGCUCUUCUCGCCAUCGCGUGCUUCGUCCUCACUGCUUACACGCUCGUUGCGCAGCAGCUUCCGCAGCCAUUGCUGCGCCAAGGGCAUGUGGCGGAGCGCGCUGUCGACGAUGAGACGACCCUCGAUCUUCUUGGUGAUAUUCUGCACCUCAACAACCUCAACGAAGCGUGCAUGCACGCUCACGACGUCGUGAUUCCGUGGACGUACAACAGCUCGGCCGUCGACCUCCGCCACGUCUGGUCCCGCGACAAGACGCCGCAGGACGAGCUCAUCGCGCACCUCGCACAGUGCCCGGGCGUCGAUGUCUUCCUCCCCACAGGCUUGCGCGGUCACGGCUACUGCGAAGACGGCAUGGCGUACGUCAAGUUUCUCAAAACACGCGCGCUACCGAUUUGGGUCUUUGACUUGCGAUUCGACUACCAAGGGCGGGCCAAUAUAACGUACUUUGACUUGUGCCCCAAGACGGCGCUGCUCUUUAUGAACCACUACAUGGACGGCGUUCCCGACCGCCCGGACUUUCCCAAGGACAAGGUGAUGGUGUCGAUGCCCAAUGUCGAAAUGUACGAGCUCAAGGAAAAGGACUACCAUCGCUUCGACGUCGUUCUCUGCAAGACGCAGGACUGCUACGACCGCCUCUCGCAAUUGUACAAGGACUUUGGAAACCCGCGCAACACGACGCUUCUCUACGUUCAACACACGUCGUCGGACCCGUCGACCGCCGCGCACGUGCAUGCGCUGGCGCACCCAGAGCUGCCGCCGAUCAAACCCAAGGACUUUGACAAGAUCACGUUCUUCCAUGCCAACGGCAACAGCUGGCAAAAGAACACACCGUCCGUGCUGAAGUGCUGGCAACGCCGACCGGACCUGCCGAUCAUUGACGUCUAUACGCUGAGCGCCAAGACACUCGAGGACUUUACCGAGAUUUUUGGGCCGGACGGAGCGCCGCCGAACGUGCGGUUCCACCACGGCAAGGCCAUUGACGCCUCUCAGUUUGGCCGUGAGCUCAUCCAAGCCAGCGUCAUCUUGUGCCCAAGCAAGAUGGAGGGCUACGGCCACUACAUCAACCAAGCGAGGGCCUCGGGUGCGCUUGUUUUGACAACAAACGGUCCGCCCAUGAACGAGUUUGUGGACGACGAAUCCGGUGUGCUCAUCGAAGCGUAUCGCCAAGCGCCCAACUCGAACCAACUCCUGAGCGUCUAUGGCGGCAUGGAGUGGGAUGUGACGCCCGACGGCGUCUGCGAUGCGGUGGACACCGUGUUGAAGCUGACGCCGGCGGAGCGGCAACGACGCGCUGCGAAUGGUCGCCGGCGCUACGUCGCGCAGUUUGUCGCGUUCAAGCAUGCCAUGCAUCGCGUGCGCGCGUUGUUCGAUGCGUGGCCGAAGAGCCACCCGCAUUGGCGCUGAUUGUGCAAAGCCACGGAUUAAUCGAUAUUCCCUUGGUCAUUGAGUCAUUAUUGCG